AUGGUGUUAUUUUUGAAGCUCAAUCGGUAUGACGGCAGUUCCUCGGAUACGCUGAGGAAGCUCAGCGACGACUCUUCCAGAAAGCAGCUUUCAGACCUUAUUGAAGCUGAAGAAGACGAGGUGUCCAGCAGCCUGCCAGAUAGACCCCGCACUUACCGCAAGGCAUCUAAUCACAGUGUCAUAUUAACUGAAGACACAGAUAGCUUUAUUAUUGGUGAACGCGUUUGGGUGGGUGGAACAAAGCCUGGCCAAAUAGCCUAUAUCGGAGAAACCCAAUUUGCUCCUGGAGAUUGGGCUGGAAUUGUCCUCGAUGAUCCGAUUGGCAAGAACGAUGGUUCAGUAGCUGGAGUUCGCUAUUUCCAGUGUGCGGAAAAAAGAGGUGUAUUUUCACGAUUGACUAGGCUAACAAGGGUUCCUCUUGUAACACACGCACCUCAUGAUGCUUCGCCCGUGUCUGAUGCAGGCAGUGUCUUUGAGCGACCACCAUCCGGUGCCUCGCGUCCACGACGUACGCUAUCACCAAACGGCAGCGUGCGGAGUAUUGUUAGCAGUAAGAUGAAUGCUUCGAUUUCGACAACGACCAACGGAGAACUUCGACUAGGAGACCGUGUUAUUGUUUCAAGUAGUCGCGGCAGCAAAGCUGGCACAUUAAGAUUCGUCGGAAACACAGAAUUCGCUCCCGGUAUUUGGGCAGGUGUCGAACUAGAUGAUCCAUUAGGAAAGAACGAUGGUUCAGUUGAGGGAAAAAGGUACUUCGAGUGUGCUCCGCGCUUCGGUCUGUUCUCCCCCAUCGCAAAAGUGUCGCGGUCUCCUUCGAACCGCAAACCAGGCGCGUGCGCCAUCCACAGUAAUGGACGUGCCACGCCAUUGCGACGGUCGAACUCCCGGGAGUCUAUUACUUCGUUAGGGACGUCGAUCGCAUCGUCCCGUGCGGGGGUGAGGCUCGGGGUGACGUCGCUCGGCGCUCAGGAACUACUACGUGAAAAGCAGAACCACUUAGAGCGAUUGAUGCGAGAGCGGGAGUUGGAGCGAGCUGAGGUUGCCAAGGUGUCAUUGCAAGCCGACCGAGCCGAAACUGCACUAGCACAUCUUCAAAAACAAGCCACCGAGACGAACACAGAGAACGAAAAACUCAAAUCGGAAUUAAGUAAACUCAACAAACAGCUUGAAGAUGAGCGGCAAAAAGUGGAAGACCUCAUGUUCCGGAAUGAAGAGGAGAACAUCAACAAAGAAGAUUACAAUAGAUACAAAGAAGCCAUGGAGAAAGAGAGAGCGGAGCAUUUACAACGGAUUCGCGAUCUGGAAGCGGAGGCAGUGCUGCAGACCGCCCGCGCCGACGCUACCGCAGUGACACUGCAAGCACUCGAGGAUCAGCGCAGCGCAGAAACAGCCGCCAUAUUGGAACAACACAAAGAAGAGCUCACAGCGGCGCAAAUGAUGGGUGCCAGCAAGGAACACGAAGUGAACCUUAAUAAAGAAAUUACAAAACUGAAAAUGGAACUCAGUGCCAAAAUAUUAGAUUUAGAACAACUAGAAGAUGCUAAGAAGAAGCAGGAUACUGCCUACAAGUCUCUACAGGAAGAAAUAGCCCAUGUAAAAGAGGAGUCUUGCUUGAAAGUAAAUGAAUAUGAAACUCUGUUAAGCGAAGUCACACAGCAAAACGAAAAAAAUAAAACGGAAAUAAUUGAGUUGCAAAACAGUCUUUCUUCAAAAACAAAGGACUAUGAAAGGUUACUCUCAGAAUCAAGUAACUCAACUAAUUCAUCAGAAAAGCUAAUUAGUGAAUACAAACAAAAUAUUCACGAAAGGGAUAAAGAAAUUAUCAAAUUAAAGGAUGAUUUUGAACAGGCUACGGCUAGUUUUAAUAUUAAACAUAGCAAAAUUGCAGAAGAACAUAAAAAAGAAAUUGAAGAUCGAAAUAUUAAAAUAGAAGAGUUGAUGAAAGAAAUCGAAUGUCACAAACAAUCACUGGAUCAAAGUAAAAUUGAAUUCGAUGAUCUCAAUUCUCAGUUCAGUACUAAUAUGGAUGAGUUGCAAAAAUUAAAGGAGGAGAAUGAUAAACUCAAACAAAUGGUAACAGAAUUAACUGAUAAUAAUAAUAAUCUCAAAGCCAAAUUGUCCGCUAUGGAAUUAGAAAUUGGUGAACAUAAGCGUCAACUUGAUAGCACGCGAGAAAAAUGCAACGAGUUAGAAAAAAUUAAAGAAAAAAUCGAAACUGAAUAUAUGAAUCUGACUGGUCAAGCGACAGAUUCAAAUGAACAGUUCAAUAAAUUAUCACAACAUCUUAAAGAGUCAGAAAAAGAAAUACAGGAAUUAAAAGACAAAUAUAGAGAAGCCUCCAAUAAUAAUGCUAGAAUUGAACAAGAACUGAAACAAAAAAUAUUUAAACUACAGGAAGACUUUUCUUUGGAACGGGGUCUAUUGAUACAGUCAGUGGAUGAAAAAAUUGAGAAAUUGAAAGAAGCAGAAACAAAACUCGUGGAGUUCAAUCGUCAAAUGACGGACACAAGUUCCCAUAUUAAAGAUUUGGAAAGUGCUAAUGAUAAAUUAUUGGAUGAAAACACCAAUCUAAAGCAAGAAAUAGAAAAUCUAAAACAUAAAGAACAAGAAUUAAAUAAUGAGUUCGAUGUGAUUCGCAAGGAAAUGGAAGUGAAAAUUAAUCAUUACAAAGAACAGGUUGAUAUCUUAAAGGCGGAAGGAGCCACAUCAGAAGUUAAAUUAAUGGAGAAGGUUGAUCAGCUAACGGAAGCGCAAAAUGAUUUAAAUAAUAAACUAGAAGAAGCGAGAAAGCACGAAGAUUCUUUACAGAAAAUUCUCGAUGAUAUGACAACACAGUUAAACAGUCAAAAAGUACAACAUGAAAAUGAAAUGAGUCAGAUACAAAAUCAAUUAGCUGCUUUGACUGAUGAAUCCAAUAAGCAAAAGACAGAUGAAACACACCUAAUGCAACAAUUACAAGAAAAACAAAAUGUUAUUAAAGACCUUAAUUUGAAACUAGAAAUGCUCGAAGUAGACUUGAAAUCUAAUUUAGAAAUAGUUAAUGAAAAAGAUCGACAAAUAGUUCAAGUAAAUGAAGAACUUCAAAGAGUGACAGAUAGUAAAAAACAUCUUGAAGAAAAGUUAAACAAUAAAGUAAUGGAAGUAUCAUCAUUAAAACAAAAAUAUGACAGCCUUAUAGCUAAUUCUUCAGCUGAAGAAUCACUAUUAAAGGAUCAGUUAGAACAAAUAGAGCAUAUGAAAAAUGAAAUGACGUCACUAAUGAAGGAAAAAUCUGCACUAGGUACUAAAUGUGACGAAAGCUUAAACGAACUGACUAAAAUAAAAGAAGAAUAUGAAUUAGUAAACAUUAAACUUAAGGAAAAUAUUGAUAAGAAUAGCGAAUUAAGCAAAUUGUUAGAAGAAAAUGAACUUUUGCUAAAAUCUCAUUGUGAGAAAAAUGACACUGACAAAUGCCAAAUUAAAGUAUUAGAAGACGAAAUUAAUUCACUCAAACAAGAAAUCGUUGCUAAAAACACAGCAGUUGAAGAAAAAGAAUUACAGAUACAAAAACUCAAUGAAUCUUUACAGACGGAUACCAACGAAACACAAGAAACUAUUAAACGACUUCAAAGCGAAAAUUCACAAUUAGAUGAAAAGUACAAAGCAGAAGUCGAAUCUCUAAAUACAUUAACUAAGACAUUACAGACCAAACUCGCAGAAAAAGAAAAGGAAGUGGAAGAAAUACAAAAAACUAAACAGAAAAUAAUCGAAUUAGAGCAGCAGCUUGCAAAAUCAGAGAAAGAUAUUAAACAACUCUCCAAUAUCAAUGAAGGACAAAAAACGAAUUAUGAAGAACUAAAUAAACAAUUACAAACACAAUUCGACGAAUACAAAAAAGAAAGUAAGCGUAGCAAACAUGACUUAAAAGCCAAAUUGAAUGAAUAUGAAAUGGAAUUAGAAAAAUCCAAAGAAAAAAUAAAAAGUGAAAGCACAAAGCAAUUAGAUCUACAACAAAAGCUAAACGACGCAGAAAAUCAAAUAUUAGAUUUAACACAAAAAAUAGAAUUAAUAGCGGUUAAGCAAACUUCAGACGUCGACAAAGAGAGCAAACUGGAGAAACUGACAUUAUCAUUGCAAGCAACAAGAAAAGCCAGUGCAGAAGCGUUAACAAAUAGCGAAAUGAUAGUCAAUAAUUUAAAGGCUGAAAUAGAUAACAAAAUCAAAAAUUUGAAGCAAAGCGAUGAAACAAUUGUAAAACUACAAGAAGAAGUUAAGAGUUUCAAGGCCAAACUAGAAAUAGCCGAAAGAGAAAAGGUCCUUUUGCAAAAAGAGAUUGCGAUAAAAGGUAAUGAAGUCAGAGACAAGAAUGACAACAACACUAUGGGCGUUUUGGGGCAAGGUGACAAUCCAUCGCAAAAUAACGGCCGAAAGCCGCGCGCGGUGGCGCCGCGUCUGUUCUGCGACAUCUGUGACGUGUUCGAUGCGCACGACACUGAGGACUGUCCGCGGCAGGCGGCCGGCGAGCCCGAGCCGGCGCCGGGCCCGCGCCGCCCCGCCCCGCCACCGAGACCCUACUGCGACAUAUGCGAAGUAUUUGGUCACGCGACAGAGAACUGUGAUGAAGAAGAAACUUAUUAACUAUGUUAAAGUACCUACUUUAAGAUGGAAGAACAUUUAGUAUUUUAAAUGUGCUAUUUCAAUAUUAUGAUUAAUAAUGAUAUUAUAACAAUAUUGCUAGAAACAAUGUCCAGGAAUCAAAUAUUUUUUACAUUAUUUGCCAUUUAUGAAAUGCGCAUUUAAAACACUGACCCCCUUAUUAAUAAAUGAAGACUACGCUUGGAUUAGUUACUGCAUAUUUUGUCGCUGUCUAUUGAAUGACAAAUGGCAUUUGAGUGACAUAAACAAAACAGGACGUAACUAGUCUUAAGCUUAUUCCUUGUUUAAUAAUAAGGAGGUAAAAGACUAACGCCUAACAAAUUCCUUAUCCUCAACUUUUAGUAUCACAAAAAAAAAUACCACAUUAAGCAUUACAAUGUGUUUCAUAUACCAUUCGGUAUUUUUAUAUAAUUAUAGUAAGUAAAAUAUCUAGACAUAAUAUUGAUGAGUAAAAGUUAUUCAAUUAAUAAGCCAAUAGUGUGCAUGCAUUUGACCGGACAUGGGCAAUGCUCCCAACCAUUACUUCUAUGUACAGGGAUAUUGUUUUUAGUUUGUAAUGUUACUGUUGUUGUUGUUUCUUGUUUAACUAGGGUAUUAUUUAUUACUUGUUUACCAUUGAGCAUGACUUUAUGCUAGUUAUAAAUACCUUAGAUGACUUUUGUAAAUAAGAAGAACUAUUGAUCUUUUUUAUAUGAUUAAAUUUACAAUUGCAUGUUUUAAUUUUUUAAAGUGAUUUGGUGUAUGGUAUGUUGAUUUUUCAUUUGCAUUAUCUGGUAAUAAUGCAGAUCGAGAAACUUUACUACUUAUUAUUAUGGCACAAAUUGAUAAAUUUCCAUCAUGUUUUAAUUUUUAUGUACUAUCUGUACUGCAAAGUUUUACUUUAAAUGCGAUAAAAAGGACACCAAAUUAUAAUCUUUUAUAAGUAUUAAAAAUAUAAUUUAAAAACAACUCUUUUAUUUUAUUUCACAUUUAUUACGCAUUUUAAGAGUUAUAUUUCAUCAUCUGUAUAAUGCCACCACUAAAGGACACAAACCUUUCCUAUAGAUGAAGCAAUUAUGAAUAUUGGGCCGUGCAUAACCCAGUACAUGAUUGAAUUUGUAUCUAUAGGAAAAGUUUGUGUCCUUUAGUAGAGCAUAUGAAGACAAGAACAUUUAAUUAUUUGUAAUACUCGAGUGUAUAAACACUUCAUAACUAUUUCUUUUUUGAGAAUUAGAGCCAUAUUAAACAGAUGUUUGACAAACUUAUUGUACCCUUCUUAUACUAAAAACUUAGAUAAACACAAAGUUCCUUAUGGUAUACUUCAGUCCAAUCCCUCUUUCUUUUCUUUUAUAGCUUCUUUGAAUCUUUCUUCAAAUAGAGAUAGUUCAGAUGUAAGAUCUGUGAUUGCAUUCAUGAAUGCCUCCUGUGGAGUAUAAUCAGAAGUAGUUUGAAUGCGCAAUACAAAUUUGUGUUCUAAUGGAUGUGGCACUUUGUAUCCAGCAAAUAAUACUUUUGGGUCUUUAAGGAGUUACUGUCUGAUCAUGUUACCAAGGGUAUGAUCUUCUUUAUUCACGGUAAAUAUUGCAGCAUUGGUAACCUUUGUAUCUUCUUCUUUUUGGACCCUUCUUUUCUCCAUCGUACAAAAGAAAUGAUUCGAAAGUUGGCGGUGCAUUCAUUUUUAUUUAUUCUGACACAAAAUUCAGAACUGAAGUGAAUUUAAAUGGCAAUAAAUUUAUUAUUUAUUAGAUUUCUUCAGUGAUGCCUUCCAGCCCUCAAACUGUUUUUACAACAAAACAACAUACUGUCAACAACCAAGUGAC